UAACUUGGCCUUCUUUUCAAAAUGCAGUAUUUUUAUGCAUGACUUCUGGUGUUCAUUCAUAGAAUCACAGUCUCCACUGGAUCUUCUUGCCCUCCAUGAGUGAAAACCACUGCCCUGGGCCAACCUUGGAGCUGGUUUGCUAAUGCAUCUGCUGGUAACAGUCAACAAGAGAGUGAGUUAAAAAGGACUCCGCUAUCAGACUUUCAUGAGGAGCAUGGUGCCAAGAUGGUCCCUUUUGCUGGUUACUCUAUGCCAGUUCAGUAUAAAUCUGGACUUGUAAAGGAGCACCUUCACUGUAGAACAUCUGCAGCCAUCUUUGAUGUGUCACAUAUGCUUCAAAGCAGGAUCUAUGGAAAGGACAGGAUCAAGUUUAUUGAGUCAUUGACAGUUGCUGAUGUUGAAGCCCUGAAACCAAACACUGGUACCCUUAGCCUUCUGAUCAAUGACCAUGGAGGGAUUAUCGAUGACCUUAUCAUUAAUCAAACCUCUGAGGACCAUCUAUACAUUGUCUCUAAUGCAGGAUGUGCAGACAAAGAUCAAGCUCAUAUCAAGAACAAACUGGAUUCAUUUAAAUCAGAGGGUCAUGAUGUAUCAUUUGAACCAAUUACAGAUAUGGCAUUGAUAGCCCUGCAAGGCCCAGCCAUGGUCAGAGUGCUACAAGCUGGAGUUUCAGAUGAUCUCAGCAAACUGUCCUUUAUGUCAGGAGUUAACACCUCAGUCUUUGGCAUCCCAAAAUGUCGAGUGACAAGAUGUGGUUAUACCGGAGAAGAUGGUGUCGAGAUCUCUGUCCCUAGUAAGCGAUCAGUGGAAUUAACCUCAACUCUUCUUGAUUCAACUGAUGGAUCAGUGAUCAUGGCAGGUCUUGGUGCUCGGGAUAGUCUUAGGUUAGAAGCCGGGCUAUGUCUCUAUGGAAAUGACAUUGAUGAUGAUACAACUCCUGUAGAAGCCACACUAGUGUGGACUAUAGGUAAGAGGAGACGGCGAUUACGUGACUUUCCAGCAGCAGAUCAUAUCCUACAACAAAUAAAAGAAAAGCCAAGCAGGAAAAGAAUUGGAAUAGUGUCAUCUGGACCGCCCAUUCGAGGAGGGGAAAUCUACAGUGAAUCUGGCGAGUGUAUAGGUCAUGUGACCAGCGGGUGCCCAUCUCCAUCCUUGAAGACCAAUAUUGUCAUGGGAUAUGUGUCAGCAGCCCAUGCCAAGAAUGGAACAAAGGUACAGUUCCAAGUGCGUAAGAAGACUGUUGAUGGGGUGGUUACUAAGAUGCCAUUUGUGCCUACCAAUUACUACAUUGUAAAAUGAGGGAAAUUCAUACUGGACUCUCUUUCGCUGCCAUGGUACCAAGCCACACUUCUAUUAAAGUAUUGUUAGGAUGAAUGAAGUGUUACCUGAAUGGAAUGGACACUUGUGGACAGUUAUGUAUCAAUUAAUCCUGCAUUAUGGAGAUGGAUAACCUGCAAUGGUUUUGGAUGUUAACCUACUGUACUAUUAUUUGAUCUGCAUGGUUUAUCCUUGAGAGAACUGUUAAACAGAUAGAUACAAUCAUAUGUUUUCAAAUAUUUUACUCUACUUCUAUGGUAACCUUUCACAUACCUUGUGGACAUGGUAGAAUUGGGUGCUGUGUAAGUUCCAGGAAGAGGUUUUAUUUCUGUUUGUUUGAGACUGCAAUUAGGAGAAGAAUAUCAUUGAUUCUGAUUUAGUAGAGAGAAUGAAAUGUUAUUUUUUUUAAAUGAAGAUACAUAUAUUGCAGAUAAGUUUGACAAUUAUGUUAAUAGAAUUUGCAUACUAUUUCCUAACAAGUAAGAGUACUGAUUAUUCACUCAACUCUGUAGCCAUUGAACGUAUUCAAACACCAUCUUCCAACAAAGACCUUACAUUUAUUAUUAAGUUAUAUUCCUUGACAAAAGUAUCUAACAGAUAAUGAAAAAGAAGUUACUGUAUAUCAGCAAAAAGAAAUAUCUUGGUAUGUAUUAAUGGGAACAGGUUUUGUGAGGUAUUGCUUUGUAUAAUGUUUAUUUUUAGGGGAUAAAAAUGACUGCUUUGAGCUUCCUCUGCCCAUAUUAGGUGAUGUCGGAGAGAUUGUGCUUUUGAGUGCUCUGUCUGUCCCAUUUUUGUUCUCGUGAUAAGUCAAGAACUGUCUUCAUAAUUUGUGUGCACAAUAAUUCAGAGUGACAAUGGCGUAAUUAGGAUUUAGGUAAUUUUUAGAGGUUAAAAUUAUCAAGAUCACGUAGGUUUUGUAUACAUGUACCUUAAAGUGGCAUACCAUUGACAAAUCAUGGGGAAAUCAAGGCCUAUCUCAGAACAGAGAAGGGAAUAAAGUCUUUCACUUGGCUUGCUUUCACUACAAGGAUAGUCUAUUCCAAGUGCCAUGAUUUAUUGCCGUUUCAAAUUUCGCUCAAUGAGAAAACAGCUUAUGAUAUGGAAGAGCAAUUACAAGGCCUGCUUCCAGACUGCCUGGGGUUGUUAUUAAUAGACACUGGCAUGUCCGGGAGGUCUAAUAGGAGAGCGAUAGGUAGCAGACUCGCCAACCAGAAGUGAACUGCAUGUUUUCGCUUUGAAACAUUCGACUUCACAGAGGAUAUUUGUUUUGGUUUAGCAAUCAAGAGACCUGCUAUUAGAUUCUAGGAAUUGGGAUUGUUGGAAACUGCAACAACCUGAAGUAAAUAACAAUCAUGAGUUUGGCCAAAUUUGUGCUGUCUGAACUUUUAUUGCAUUGGUCCGACGGGCUCUCAUAACAGACGUAUUAAAUUAUGCAAGUCGAUUGGCGUUUUGCAAAUUUUUAACUGAUUCAAUUUCUCCAUGAUUUGCCAAUGGUAGGCCUUUUAACCCUUUUUAAACUGGGAGGGGGGGGUCAGUUUGACGCCAUCUACAAAGUUUGUCACUACGCCGUUGCGCAGAACCUUUUAACGGCAUCGCUUGGUGACUCUUUACUUUCAAGUCUUUUACAUCUUUUGAGACCAAAUUUGCGAUGCCUGGGUACAUGGUCCCGAAAUUAUGCAACAUUUUGUAAGUGCGUGUCAGACCCCAAAAUGCUCAAUAACGUGAUUCCGUGUACAAAGUCAAUGCAAAUUGUGUUUUUCAACCAAAAAUUACAAAUGAAUGAUUAUUUGUACUUUUGCUGGUUUGAAUGGUUUUAUUUUAUGCUAUUUAUGAUCACAAAACAGUCCCUGACAAAGCUCAUUGUAAAAAAUAAUAAAAA